AUGUAUCUAAGGGAGAUUGCUCUGCUAAAUGGAGGGAAAAGAAUAGACUUUGAUGAUCCAAAUGCAUUGAGUGACCAAGAGUAUGUCAACCUCACUGGAAUAAAUAAAGUCUCCUUUGAUGAUCUGCUAUCAGCUGUAGAUGGAAAGGUAAAGAACACAUCCACUCGCAGUGUUAGAACCAGCCUUAGAAUUUUUCUUCUUAAGAUGAGAUGUGGUCUGUCCAAUGAAAUGCUGUCAACACUAUUAAAUGUUUCAAAGUCAAGCAUUCGUCGCGCCAUCUCGGUAGUGAGGAGAACACUGAUGGAGACAUUUGUACCAAACAAUGUUGGGUUUCAGCACAUCUCCAGAGAGGAUGUUAUAAAUAAGCAUACCAGGCCAUUAGCAGAGUCUCUUUUUGGUGGUACUGGCACCCAAACCAUUCUUGUUUUAGACGGCACAUACAUUUAUCUACAAAAAAGUAUGAACUUUGCCUUUCAAAGGAAAUCAUAUAGCAUGUAUAAGGGUCGUCCAUUGGUGAAGCCAAUGAUUGUUGUAACAACUAGUGGCUAUUACCUCUCUGUUCUUGGACCAUAUGUAGCGAAGAACAAUGAUGCUGCAAUCUUGAGCCACAUCAUGAAGACUAACAAAGAAGAUGUGUUGAAGUGGAUCGAAGAGAGAGAUGUGUUUAUUGUAGACAGAGGCUUUCGGGAUUCCUUGACAUUACUUGAAGACCUUGGAUUAGUAUCUGCCAUGCCUGCAUUUAUUAAGAAAGGUGAAAAGCAAAUGUCAACAGCAGAUGCAAAUACAAGCCGUUUAGUGACCAAGAUACGCUGGGUGGUAGAAUCUGCUAAUGCGAGGAUAAAGAGGUGGAAAUUUUUUGACCGUGUCCUUCCUUCGUCCCAGGUGCCAUUCAUUAGUGACUUCAUCAAGAUUGUGUGUGGAAUAUCAAACAAGUACUUUCCACCUUUGUCAACUGGUUGCACUGAGGAAUACUCUCUUGUAGCAGCUAAGAUGCAGUACCUGUCCAGACAAAUCAAUCAACUAAAAGAGGAAGUAGAAGAAAGGAAACUGGAUACCCGCUCAGCGAUCUGGAAACACCCUGACGAUCUUCAGGAUUUUCCUCGUCUUGAUGAAGAUCAACUUCGAAAGUUGACCUGUGGCACAUAUCAAGUGAAGCUUGCUAGUAGUUACGCAGAGGAACACUUUGGGAGUGGAUGUGAUAUCAUGGUUCAUAAAGAAGACCCGUCCUUGAUAAGAGUCAGGAUUAGGAGCCGGCAUAUUUCCUCAAAGUCUUACCUUCUUUGGAUACGAUAUGAUGAGGGAAGCGUGAUUGGAUGGUAUUGUAGAUGUCGUGCUGGGGCAAGAGUAGUGGGUAUGUGUGCCCACAUUACCGCAGUUUUAUGGUAUAUUGGUUUAGGACGUGACAUGGAGUCCUUAAGAUCUGUAAGGGACUGUAGCAAGUUCAUUGAUGAUGCAGCUGUUAUUCCAGAUGCAAUUGAUGAGUCAGAAUCAGAGGAUGAUUCCUCAGAGUGCUUGAAUGAACAAUAG